CUAAAUGGCGGUGAUACUGAUACUUCCCUCUCCCCCCCGGCAUUUAUACCCCAUGGCUCGAGGUUGAGAUUAGGAUCUAUACACCCGCUCUUCCCUCUUUCUCAGCCCCACCCGCUACUCUCUAGUGAUGCUCCGAGACAACAUGGAGCGGCCGAUUGAGGGUGGUCUACCGUCGGAGAAAUCCGACGGGGUGACAACCGCCAUAGCGGCGACCAGCCCCGUCGACGAUGAAGCCCGCCCUGCAGUCUUCUCGUCCACUGUCCAGGAGAUUAUGUUUGUCGCCGUGGCGACCAUGGCGAUCGCCAUGUCCUCGCUCGUGAGCGGAGCCGUCACCGUGAUUACGGCCCAAGUUCAGAAUGAUCUGAACAUGACCACGGCGGAAUUGACCUGGUUGAGCGGUUCCUCCUCAUUGGCCGCCGGAUCCUUCCUGUUAUUCUUCGGCCGCCUGGCGGAUCUCUUCGGUCGUAAGACCCUGUUUCUAGGAAGUAUGGUCCUGUUCGCCGUCUUCUCUCUGGCGGCUGGGUUCAGCAAGACGCCGCUGCAGCUGGACAUCCUCAACGGGGUGAUGGGGUUGAUGUCGGCGGCGUCGGUGCCGCCGGGCCAAGGGAUGCUGGCCAACAUCUACCAGCGGCCGUCCAAGCGGAAGAACCGCGUGUUCGCGUGCUUCAGCGCGGGCAACCCGAUGGGCUUCGUGUUUGGGAGUGUUUUCUCGGGGAUCGCGACGCAGCUCUUCAACUGGCGCGCCAGCUACUUCCUGCUGGCCAUUAUCUAUGUGGUGGUGGUCGUCGUCGCCGUCUUCAGUGUGCCGGUCGACAACUCACCCAAGACGGAGAUCUCCGGGCAGGCGCUCAAGAAAUUCGACCUCGUGGGCACGCUCCUCACGAUUGCGGGGAUCGGGAUGUUCUCCGGUGCAUUGAGUCUGGGCUCCGACGCCCCCCAAGGCUGGAAGACGCCCUACGUCCUCAUCCUCCUCAUCCUGGGCGCCUUGUUUAUGGUCGCCUUCGUCUUCUGGGAGAACUGGUACGCCUACCCGCUGGUGCCGAUGAGCAUCUGGCGCGACCGCGACUUCUCGCUGGUGAUCGCCAUCCUGCUGCUGGGCUUCCUGGCGUUCCCCAUCAUGUCCUUCUGGGUGUCGCUGUUCAUGCAGCGCAUCAAGGGCUACUCGCCGCUCAUGGUCGCCGUGCACAUGCUGCCCAUGGCCAUCGGCGGGAUUAUUGUGAACAUCAUCGCCGGCCUCAUCAUGCACCGCGUCUCCAACAGCUUGCUGAUGGCCGUCGGCGCCACCGCCUACGUCGGCUCGUUCUUGCUGAUGGGCCUCCAGCACUCGGACAGCAUCUACUGGGCCUUCAUCUUCCCCGGGCUGGUGCUGGCGGUCGUCGGCGCGGAUUUCGAGUUCUGCGUUGCGAAUAUGUACGUCAUGAGCUCCUUGCCCCCCACGCAGCAGAGUAUCGCGGGCGGGAUCCUUCAGACUGUCACUAAAUUGUGUGUGACGAUCGGGAUGGGGAUCAGUACGGCGAUCUAUGAUGCGGUUGUGGCCAGGGGUACGGCCAACGGGGGUUAUUUCAGGGGGGAUCCGAUUGAGCCCUACAGUGCUACGUUUUUGUACUGUGCGGGGAUCGCAUCGUUGGGGAUUCCGUUGUGUGCGUUCUUGAGGAUCGGGAGCCAGGGGAAUACUGGUGUGAAGGAGGGGUCGGAGGUUGAUUCUGAGGCUUUGAGUGAGAGUAGGGGUAGUGUGUUGGAAGAGAAAGGUCGUGGGGAGGUUUGAGGGGAAGGGAAGAAAACUAUCAGAGGGGUGUGAAUAUAGACUGUGACUAAGAUAGAUACCACAAGAGCGAUGUAUUUAUUGUUUAAUAACUGGAGAUUAAUUAGACUUCCGAUAGACUGUUGAUAUGGG